GGAACAUCCCAGCACAGCACUAAGGUAAUUCACACCACAACAUCUAUGAGCCCUCUCCGGCAAGGUCCACUUUUCACUGGGCUUGAGGGACGCAUGUGUUAGGCUACGUCGACGAUCUGCAUUUUGCAACGCCUUUUAUAUUGUCAAAAGCCACGAUGACGCUUUUCCAAUCAUCAUCUGACACCAAUAAUUGCCACGUAUGCGAUAUAAUGAUAUUAAUAUAUAUGCACAUGACAGGGGAACGCAGGAACUUGCAACUGAUCAGGUGCACAAGACCAAGCCAGCGAGCUGGACAUAUUGUUAUGAUAUAUAUACUCAUUCCUAGCAUGAGACCACACUAGUCCCUCUUGAACACAACACCCACAAUGGAACCCACUAAACAAACCCUCUUGGUCGGCGGCCUCCUCGUCGACGUCUACUCGCACCCCACUUCGAGCUCCAGCUCCACAGACCCCAUUCACGCUCUCUUCUUCCUCCACGGCCGCUUCGAAAGCGCACAAGAAAAACACCUAGUCGAUACUGUCAAAGUUCUUUUUGAUGAGAGUUAUGGAUCGGGUUGGGGAGAGAGGAAGAAAGAUCUUAUCGUUGUUGCUUUUGAUCACAGGAACCAUGGGAUGAGACUCGUAGAUCAGAAGCGGAAUUUCGCAUGGAGCUCAGAUCCGGCUGAGAAUAAUGAUCAGCAUGCCGUUGACAUGUAUACCAUCCAAACCGGUACAGCAGAAGACGUGUCCUUCCUAAUCGACCACCUCCCUUCCUUCCUCUAUCGCUCGGGUGAACGGACAAUUGUGGAAUGGGGUAUGGGCGGUACGAGUCUUGGAGGGCAUUCAACGUGGAUUGCGCUUUCUCGAGAACCCCGCCUCACCCUCGGAAUCCCCAUAAUCGGGUGCCCAGACUAUACGAAACUCAUCUCCCGACGCGCCCAAGCCUCAGGCAUUCCCUUCUCCCCGCCCUACUUUCCCACCUCCUUCAAAACAUACAUAGAAACGUACGACCCCGCACAACUGCCCUACCGCGCUAAGGACGCUUCCAAUCCGUUUUUGGGGAAGAAGGUGUUGGUGCUUUCGGGGAAGGAGGAUAAGCUUGUGCCGUGGGUGGCGUCGGCAGAGUUUGUGGAAGGUCUUGAAGUUGGGGAGGGGGGGUAUUAAGAGGGUUGUGGUGGAGGAGGGGGCGGGGCAUGAGUGUACGA